AUGCCUUUACGGCAGAUGCGCAACUCUGAGCAGCGCAGCGUCUCUUUGACGCCGUUUCUGCAGCGGUGGUUUUUCGCCGGUAUUGCUCCCCAUAAACUUCGUGUCUCCGCUUCCACAGACUGCAACAGAUAUGAAGGUGGUCAUUGUGUUUGUGGAUUUGAGGUGGUGGUUUACUCCAUUGAGGGUAGCGAUCAAUGUCUCAUAGGCACUGCCGAGAUUCCAGUGGGUGGAAUCCAUAUGGAUUUCAUUAUUCCUGAGUCCUCAUUACCUUUAAAGUACGUGGCCUUCUCCCAUUGCUUUCGUACAGAAGCCGGUGCUGCAGGGGCUGCAACAAGAACUAUAGACAUGGCAACACAGGAUUUGGGUGCACCAGCAUAUCGUAAAUUUGGUGUGGUGGCCUGGAUGCCUGGAUUGGGACGUUAUGCUACGAAGUUGCACAAUGAGCUGUCCAUGACUGAUUAUGAAGUCACUUUACAAAGAGACAAUAGAAUAACAUCAAUUUACGUUUUGAGAUUUCAAAGUUAUGUUCCAAGAACAAUAUUUCGUCCUUCUGUCUGA